UGGGAGUCGACUGGUAUCAUUUGCGGAAACACACAGAUCUCUCCUCACUUUCUUCUUCUUUCAUUUCCCCUUAGUUUCUCUCUCUAACACAGACAGAUCUUUCUCUCUCCUCUGGUUGUUCAUCACCCAAGAACCCUCGCUUUCAGGAGGGAGGGUUCACACUUCCCUAUUUCUCAUUCGGAGAUCUACUCACUCGCUCAUUAAACCAUGGCUGCCGCCGCUAAUGCUCCUAUCGUCAUGAAGGAAGUCCUUACGCUUCCAAGCGUAGGGAUCAAUCAACAGUUCAUCACUUUUACGCAUGUAACUAUGGAAUCAGACAAGUACAUUUGCGUGAGAGAGACUUCGCCGCAGAAUAGCGUUGUUAUUAUUGAUAUGAACUUGCCAAAUCAACCUUUGCGACGUCCCAUCACUGCCGAUUCUGCUUUGAUGAAUCCUAACUCCAGAAUUCUUGCCCUUAAAGCUCAACUUCCGGGAACUACUCAGGAUCACCUUCAGAUUUUCAAUAUUGAAGCAAAAGCGAAGAUAAAGUCCCAUCAAAUGCCUGAGAUGGUUGUCUUCUGGAAAUGGAUUACCCCUAAAAUGUUAGGCCUUGUAACACAGACAUCAGUUUACCACUGGUCAAUCGAAGGUGAUUCUGAGCCUGUAAAAAUGUUCGAGCGGACUGCAAAUCUUACAAACAAUCAAAUAAUCAAUUACCGUUGUGAUCCUUCUGAGAAAUGGUUGGUUCUGAUUGGAAUUGCUCCUGGCGCUCCUGAGAGGCCGCAAUUGGUUAAGGGAAACAUGCAGCUGUUUUCAGUGGACCAACAGCGUAGUCAAGCUCUUGAAGCUCAUGCAGCAUCGUUUGCACAAUUUAAGGUUCCUGGAAACGAAAAUUCAUCGACUCUUAUUGCGUUUGCCAGCAAGACGUCUAACGCUGGACAAGUUACUUCAAAAUUGCAUGUCAUCGAGCUUGGUGCCCAGCCUGGGAAACCCGGAUUUAGUAAGAAACAAGCUGAUCUUUUCUUCCCGCCUGAUUUUGCGGAUGAUUUUCCUGUGUCAAUGCAGAUAUCACAGAAGUAUGGUUUGAUAUAUGUUAUCACAAAGCUUGGGCUUCUGUUUGUAUACGAUCUGGAGACAGCUAGUGCAGUUUACAGAAACAGGAUUAGUCCUGAUCCAAUAUUUUUGACAUCUGAAGCAUCCUCAGUUGGUGGAUUUUAUGCUGUCAAUAGACGCGGUCAGGUGUUGUUAGCUACUGUAAACGAAGCAUCAAUUGUGCCAUUUGUUAGUGGCCAGCUUAACAAUUUGGAGCUUGCAGUUAAUCUUGCAAAGCGAGGAAACCUUCCUGGUGCAGAAAACUUGGUUGUCCAGCGAUUCCAGGAAUUAUUUGCUCAGACAAAGUACAAAGAGGCAGCUGAGCUUGCUGCAGAAUCUCCACAAGGCAUUUUGCGUACUCCUGAUACCGUUGCUAAGUUUCAGAGUGUUCCUGUUCAAUCUGGGCAAACACCACCAUUGUUGCAAUACUUUGGAACAUUGCUAACCAGAGGAAAACUCAAUGCCUUUGAGUCACUGGAAUUAUCUAGACUGGUUGUUAAUCAGAAUAAAAAGAAUCUAUUAGAGAAUUGGUUGGCAGAGGACAAGCUUGAAUGUAGUGAGGAGCUUGGAGAUCUUGUGAAGACAGUUGAUACUGACCUUGCUCUCAAAAUAUACAUCAAAGCUAGAGCGACUCCGAAAGUUGUAGCGGCAUUUGCCGAGAGGAGAGAGUUCGACAAGAUUUUGAUAUAUUCAAAGCAGGUCGGAUACACGCCUGAUUAUUUGUUCCUCUUGCAAACCAUUUUGCGGACUGACCCUCAGGGAGCUGUUAAUUUUGCUUUGAUGCUGUCUCAAAUGGAGGGAGGAUGCCCUAUUGAUUACAAUACUAUCACAGACCUGUUCCUUCAGAGAAAUUUGAUUCGGGAGGCAACAGCGUUUUUGCUAGAUGUGCUCAAGCCCAAUUUACCAGAACAUGGUCAUCUCCAAACCAAAGUAUUGGAAAUAAAUCUUGUAACAUUUCCCAAUGUUGCGGAAGCAAUCUUAGCUAAUGGCAUGUUCAGCCAUUAUGAUCGUCCCCGAAUUGCACAACUUUGUGAAAAGGCUGGCCAGUAUUUGCAAGCCCUCAAGCAUUACACUGAGUUGCCGGAUGUGAAGCGUGUCAUAGUCAAUACCCAUGCCAUUGAGCCACAGGCACUUGUAGAAUUCUUUGGAACACUUUCUAAGGAAUGGGCCCUUGAAUGUAUGAAAGAUCUUUUGCUUGUUAAUCUCAGAGGCAAUCUGCAGAUUAUUGUUCAGGUUGCCAAAGAAUAUUGUGAGCAGUUGGGCGUUGAUGGUUGCAUGAAGCUGUUUGAGCAGUUCAAAUCUUAUGAAGGAUUAUAUUUCUUCUUGGGCUCAUAUCUGAGUUCUAGCGAGGAUCCAGAAAUCCAUUUUAAGUAUAUUGAAGCUGCAGCUAAAACUGGGCAAAUUAAGGAAGUGGAACGAGUAACUCGUGAGUCGAAUUUCUACGAUCCUGAGAAAACAAAGAAUUUCUUGAUGGAAGCCAAGCUUCCAGAUGCAAGACCUCUGAUAAACGUAUGUGACCGUUUUGGGUUUGUACCGGAUCUUACUCACUACCUAUACAGGAACAAUAUGCUCCGCUACAUUGAAGGAUAUGUUCAGAAGGUCAACCCUUCAAAUGCUCCUCUAGUUGUAGGGCAGCUGCUAGAUGAUGAAUGCCCUGAAGAUUUUAUUAAAGGCCUCAUUCUCUCUGUGCGAUCUCUUCUUCCUGUAGAGCCUCUUGUGGAGGAAUGUGAGAAGAGGAACCGCCUGCGCUUGCUCACCCAGUUCCUGGAGCACCUUGUUAGUGAGGGGAGCACUGAUGUGCAUGUUCACAAUGCUCUUGGUAAAAUCAUUAUUGACAGCAAUAACAACCCAGAGCACUUCCUCACGACCAAUCCAUACUAUGAUUCCCGUGUUGUGGGUAAAUAUUGCGAGAAAAGGGACCCUACUCUCGCUGUUGUUGCGUAUAGGCGAGGACAAUGUGACGACGAGCUUAUUAUUGUCACAAAUAAGAACUCUUUAUUCAAAUUGCAGGCCAGAUACGUUGUGGAGAGAAUGGAAGGUGAUCUCUGGGAGAAGGUCCUCACUUCUGAGAAUGAGUACAGGAGGCAAUUAAUAGAUCAAGUUGUUUCAACUGCUCUGCCGGAAAGCAAGAGUCCCGAGCAGGUUUCUGCUGCUGUUAAGGCCUUUAUGACCGCUGAUCUUCCCCAUGAGUUGAUUGAACUUCUUGAAAAGAUUGUGCUUCAAAACUCUGCUUUCAGUGGAAACUUUAAUUUGCAAAAUCUGCUUAUCUUAACUGCUAUUAAAGCAGAUCCUUCUAGAGUUAUGGAUUACAUCAAUAGGUUGGACAACUUUGAUGGACCUGCAGUUGGUGAAGUGGCUGUAGAAGCACAGUUGUAUGAGGAAGCAUUUGCAAUCUUUAAAAAAUUCAACUUAAAUGUUCAGGCAGUGAAUGUCCUACUUGACAACAUCCGCAACAUUGACCGGGCUGUGGAGUUUGCGUUCCGUGUUGAAGAGGAUUCUGUGUGGAGUGAGGUUGCAAAGGCCCAACUCAGGGAAGGUCUAGUCAGUGAUGCAAUAGAGUCAUUUAUCCGAGCUGAGGAUUCCACCCAUUUCUUGGAAGUUAUUAAAGCUUCUGAGGAUGCAGAUGUUUACCAUGACUUGGUGAAGUAUCUGUUGAUGGUUAGGCAGAAGGUCAAGGAGCCCAGAGUUGACAGUGAACUUAUAUACGCUUACGCCAAGAUUGAUAGACUCAGUGAAAUUGAGGAGUUCAUUCUUAUGCCCAAUGUUGCCAAUCUUCAACAUGUUGGAGACCGUCUGUAUGAUGAAGCCUUAUAUGAGGCGGCAAAGAUUAUAUAUGCAUUCAUUUCUAACUGGGCUAAGCUUGCGGUCACUUUGGUGAAGUUGAAACAGUUCCAAGGUGCUGUAGAUGCAGCUCGCAAGGCUAACAGUGCAAAGACAUGGAAGGAAGUUUGUUUUGCUUGUGUAGAUGCUGAGGAAUUUCGGUUGGCUCAGAUAUGUGGUCUUAAUGUCAUCAUACAGGUUGAUGAUUUGGAAGAGGUUAGUGAAUACUAUCAAAACAGGGGAUGCUUUAACGAGCUCAUCUCCCUUAUGGAAAGUGGAUUGGGACUGGAACGUGCACACAUGGGUAUCUUCACCGAAUUGGGGGUUCUCUAUGCUAGAUACCGCCCUGAGAAGCUCAUGGAACAUAUCAAAUUGUUCUCAACCCGUCUUAACAUACCUAAGCUGAUUAGGGCUUGCGAUGAACAACAGCACUGGAAGGAGCUUACUUAUUUGUAUAUUCAGUAUGAUGAGUAUGACAAUGCUGCCACCACUGUGAUGAAUCAUUCUCCAGAAGCAUGGGAUCACAUGCAAUUUAAAGACAUUAUUGUUAAGGUUGCAAAUGUGGAGCUUUACUACAAGGCAGUACACUUCUACUUGCAAGAACAUCCUGAUCUUAUUAAUGAUGUACUUAAUGUUCUUGCACUUCGUGUGGACCAUACACGUGUUGUGGACAUCAUGAGAAAGGCUGGUCAACUUCCCCUUGUGAAGCCAUAUAUGGUAGCUGUCCAAAGCAAUAAUGUAUCUGCUGUGAAUGAAGCGUUGAAUGAGAUAUAUCUUGAGGAAGAAGACUAUGACCGGCUUCGUGAAUCCAUUGACUUGCAUGAUAACUUUGACCAGAUAGGUCUUGCCCAGAAGGUGGAGAAACAUGAGUUGCUAGAGAUGAGGCGUAUUGCGGCUUAUAUAUACAAGAAGGCCAACAGAUGGAAGCAGUCCAUCUCACUGUCAAAGAAAGACAGUCUUUACAAGGAUGCAAUGGAGACCGCUUCUCAGUCUGGUGAUCGUGAACUUGCUGAGGAGUUGCUGGUAUACUUCAUUGAGCAGGGAAAGAAAGAGUGUUUUGCAUCAUGUCUUUUUGUUUGUUACGAUUUAAUCAGAGCUGAUGUUGCAUUGGAGCUCGCUUGGUUGAACAACAUGAUGGACUUUGCCUUCCCAUACUUAUUACAGUUUAUUCGAGAGUACACAGGCAAGGUGGAUGAGUUGAUCAAAGCCAGACUUGAAGCUCAAAAAGAGGUUAAAGCGAAAGAAACAGAGGAGAAAGACAUGGUUGCUCAGCAGAAUAUGUAUGCACAGUUGCUCCCUCUUGCUUUACCGGCACCACCAAUGCCUGGAAUGGGAGGUGGAAUGGGUGGCGGUUAUGCUCCACCUCAUCCUAUGGGCAACAUGGGCAUGCCUCCGAUGCCUGCUUAUGGCAUGCCUCCAAUGGGCUCGUACUAAAAAUAUCGAUUCAUCCAAGUAAUAUGAGAUUAUAGGUGCUAGAAGAUUUUGCAAACUUGCUGUCUGUGCUUGCGGCAUUAUCAAUAUUUCUUGUAGCUGGGUUAUUGAGGUGAAGGUUUCUGGGUUGUCAAGGUGAAGUUUCUGGCGUCUUGCGUUGGGGAUUUCUGUGGUUUGUGUAUCCUCUAAUUAGCAGUAGGAUUUGUGGAUAUGUCUUUUCAUUUCCUAUUCUUUAUUUAGCCGAGACAGUUUUUUUAAACUUUGGGUAGUACAGGACUCUGGGUUGUUCAUUAGGUUACCCUCGUAUGUUUUAUAGUGCUGGCUUGUUGACAUUUUCGAAUCUUGUGGAUUUUGUUGUGCAAGUGGCAGAUUUGCCAUUGUGUAUAGGUUAUAUAGGUCAUGGAAUUUAAUGUUGAACAAUUUGGUUUAUAAAUAUGAUAAUCAUCUGAUAGUUUCCAUUUGUAA